AUGGAGAACAAGGCUUCCGCUCUUGUCGUCACGACAAAUUAUUCUCAACGGAAACCAUCUAAUACUCGUUUCCAGAACAACCGAUCUCGCUCUAAACAAGGUUUCACCAACAAAUCUGGACCAAGGAAAUCACCUGUUGUUUGUCAAAUCUGUGAUAAGCCUGGAAACACUGCAAAAACAUGUUUCAAACUUCAGUCACAUCCUGCUGCAAAUUGUGCUACCUCGACAACACCAUCAAAUGGCAAAUGGCUUCUUGAUUCAGCGACUUCUCACAACAUUACGUCUGACUUGGCAAAUCUCUAUAUUCAUUCCGAAUAUGAGGGACAAGAUGAGGUGGUUCUUGGAGAUGGUACAAGUUUAAAAAUUGCUCACAUUGGUUCCACAACCCUUCCUUCUCCAUCUCACACUCUUACAUUAAAAGAAACAUUACAUUUGCCGCUUAUUCACAAAAAUCUAAUUUCUGUUCAUAAAUUUACCCUUGAUAACAAUGUUAUCAUUGAGUUUCACCCUUUCUUUUACCUUGUGAAGGAUCGGAGGACGGGGGCAAUGCUUAUGCGCGGUAGGUGUGAGAAUGGUGUAUAUCCUGUAGCUUUUCCAUAG